CGCGACAGUCGACUAUUAGUGACGAGAGCGGCGGUGGGGCCUCAGCUCAGCGCCCACUGCACGUACCUGUUGGCCAACCCACGCUGCAUCCUCGACAUUUCCUCCCAUUCGCUCGCAGUUUGCAUACAACACCUCGCUCGAGUCAGGAAAGACAUGGAGCCGUCUAUGGAGCCGCCCAUUGAGCCGCCCACCGAGAACGUGCCCGACGAGGCUUUGGAGGCGCAGAAACAUAGCGAACAGCCCAUGGACAUGGAUGAUAGCAUGAACUCCACCAUCACGGCCUCCACUCUCAAUCCCAAUCCCUCUGCCGCGAGUCCGUUACCGGACUUCAACAGUAGCACUGCGAGUAGCACUCACGUCAAUAGCAACAUCGCCGCCAACAACGGGUAUUCGAGCGAGCAUCGCCCUCAGACAUCUUACUCCGACACCGCCUAUCAUCAAUAUGGCCAUGCAAGCGACGGCAAUUAUGGCUCACGCUUCAAUACCCCUUCAGACGCAGACACCCCUCCACGCCAUGGCUACUACAAUGCCGGCAAGGAGACACACAUGGGCCAGUCCAACUCCCGCCCCAGCUCGACGAUGGGCCACAGGUACCCGAACUCAGAGAGCGGCGUGAGAUAUCAAGAGCAGGGACAACGGGCCCCGGCGCAACCACAACAGGAGGCUGCUACUAAGAACACCAGCGUAGUCAUCAAGGUUGGCAUGGUUGGCGACGCACAAAUUGGAAAGACCAGCUUAAUGGUCAAGUAUGUCGAGGGCAGUUGGGACGAAGACUACAUACAAACACUAGGUGUGAAUUUCAUGGAAAAGACAAUUUCUAUCCGCAACACAGAAAUCACCUUCUCGAUAUGGGAUCUGGGAGGACAGCGCGAAUUCGUCAAUAUGCUGCCGCUCGUCUGCAACGACGCUGUCGCCAUUCUUUUCAUGUUCGAUCUUACUCGUAAGAGUACAUUGAACUCCAUCAAGGAAUGGUACCGGCAAGGGCGUGGUUUCAACAAGACGGCCAUUCCCUUCCUGGUGGGCACAAAAUAUGAUCACUUUGUCAACUUCCCGCGGGAAGAGCAAGAAGAGAUUUCCAACCAAGCAAAACGGUUCGCCAAAGCGAUGAAAGCUAGUCUCAUAUUCAGCAGUACCAGUCACAGUAUCAAUGUGCAAAAGAUUUUCAAAAUCGUAUUAUCCAAGGCCUUCGAUCUCAAAUGCACAAUACCCGAAAUAGAAAACAUUGGAGAGCCACUCCUCCUCUACCAAGCUGUAUAA